CAUUACAAAGCGUCACGAGUUACACUGAUGAUGAUGGGGAGCUCUGAGGAAGAAUAACAGUAGUUAGCUAGCAACUGUUGCAAUUAAUGAAGUAACGGUGAGAGUGGCGAGCUACCGGAGGCGACCAUGGCCAACAUCACGAAGAAAGUGUCGUGGUCCAGCCGAGCCGACGAGUCCGGUGCUGCCGGGGAGGGGACACCGCUGCUAAACGGCUCCGAGCAGCCCAAACUCUCCAGACAGCUGUCUGGAGGAGGCAGUAUAUUUCAAAUAGGCAGACUCAGCACGGUGGAUUUGGAGGAGGAGAUAACAUCAGAAGAGGAUUCUCUUAGGGGACGACCAAAAGAGAUCCCGCAUAAUGAGAAGCUGCUGUCGCUUAAAUUUGAGAGUCUGGACUAUGAUAACAUUGAGAACCAGCUGUUUCUGGAAGAGGAGAGGAGGAUGAGUUACAUGGGUUUCCGCUGUCUGGAGAUCAGUCGCUGGGUGGUCUGCGGUCUAAUCGGCUUUCUGACGGGCCUCAUCGCAUGCAUGAUAGACAUCGUGGUGGAGGAGCUGGCUGGGAUCAAAUACCAAGUGGUCAAAGAGAACAUAGAGAAGUUCACAGAGGUGGGCGGCCUGUCUAUCUCUCUCAUCCUCUGGGCUGUCCUCAACUCUGUCUUUGUCAUGAUGGGGGCCAUCAUAGUUGCGUUUUUUGAGCCCAUUGCAGCAGGAAGCGGUAUCCCUCAGAUCAAGUGUUACCUGAAUGGAGUCAAGAUUCCCCGGGUGGUGCGACUCAAGACACUGGUGGUGAAAGUGUUCGGUGUUAUCUGUUCAGUGGUUGGCGGUCUUGCUGUCGGAAAGGAAGGUCCCAUGAUUCACUCUGGUGCAGUUGUAGCUGCGGGAGUCUCCCAAGGCAGGAGCACUUCUUUAAAGAGAGACUUCAAGAUCUUUGAAUACUUCCGGAGAGACACAGAAAAAAGAGACUUUGUUUCUGCUGGAGCUGCUGCCGGAGUUUCAGCUGCUUUUGGAGCACCAGUCGGCGGUGUUCUGUUCUCUCUAGAGGAAGGAGCUUCUUUCUGGAACCAGAUGUUGACAUGGAGGAUAUUCUUUGCUUCCAUGAUCUCUACCUUCACUCUGAACUUCUUCCUCAGUAUCUAUCACAACAAUCCAGGUGACCUUUCCAACCCAGGUCUCAUCAAUUUUGGACGCUUUGAGACUGAUAGUGUGACCUAUAACCUCUAUGAGAUUCCCUUGUUCAUCGCUAUGGGAGCGAUAGGUGGAUUGCUGGGAGCUCUGUUCAAUGUUCUCAACUACUGGCUGACCAUCUUCAGGAUCAGGUACGUCCAUCGCCCUUGUUUGCAAGUAAUGGAGGCCAUGUUGGUUGCUGCGGUGACAGCGACAGUGUCGUUCACCAUGAUCUACUUCUCCAAUGACUGUCAGCCUCUGGGGCCGGACCACACUGAGGAGUAUCCACUGCAGUUGUUCUGUGCAGAUGGGGAGUAUAACUCCAUGGCAACGGCCUUCUUCAACACUCCUGAGAGGAGCGUCCGUAGUCUGUUCCACAACCAGCCAGGAACCUACAAUCCUUUGACCCUGGGCUUGUUCACUCUGACUUAUUUCUUCCUGGCUUGUUGGACAUACGGUCUGGCCGUGUCUGCUGGAGUCUUCAUCCCGUCUCUGCUGAUAGGAGCAGCCUGGGGGAGACUGUGUGGAAUACUGCUGGCCUCCAUCACUUCCACUGGUUCGAUCUGGGCUGACCCUGGAAAAUAUGCCUUGAUUGGAGCUGCAGCUCAGUUAGGUGGCAUCGUGAGGAUGACUCUCAGUUUGACUGUCAUCAUGGUGGAGGCCACAGGAAACGUCACAUAUGGUCUUCCCAUCAUGCUCGUCCUGAUGACUGCUAAGAUCGUUGGAGAUUACUUCGUAGAGGGUCUGUAUGACAUCCACAUUAAGCUGCAGAGUGUACCCUUCCUGCACUGGGAGGCUCCUGCCACCUCUCACUGGCUGACUGCCAGAGAAGUGAUGAGUUCACCAGUCACCUGUUUGAACAGGAUAGAGAAGGUGGGAACCAUUGUGGACGUCCUCAGCAACACCUCCACCAAUCACAACGGCUUCCCCGUCGUCAUGCAGGUUGCUGGUAGUGAUGAGCCAGCGAAGCUCUGCGGCCUCAUCCUUCGCUCCCAGCUCAUUGUGCUUCUCAAGCACAAGGUGUUUGUGGAAUUAGCCCGGUCCCGGCUGACCCAGAGAAAGCUCCAGCUGAAGGACUUCAGGGACGCAUACCCCCGCUUCCCCCCAAUCCAGAGCAUCCACGUCUCCCAAGAUGAAAGGGAGUGUAUGAUGGACCUCACAGAGUUCAUGAACGCAACACCGUACACUGUACCAAUGGAAACAUCUCUUCCUCGUGUGUUUAAGCUAUUCAGAGCUCUGGGACUCAGGCACCUGGUGGUAGUGGACGAUGAGAACAGGGUUGUCGGACUGGUGACCAGAAAAGACUUGGCUAGAUAUCACCUGGGCAAACACGGGCUGGAGGAGCUUCAGCUUGCUCAGACAUAGUACACAGACGCACACACACACACACACACACACACACACACACACACACACACACACACACGCACACACGCACGCACACACACAAACUAUGACAUGUUCACCUGAUGCCUCGUAAGCUGUUGACCACCAGCUAUGCAGCCCACAAAGGACACCAUCAAAGGUCAAGAGAUCACCGUCAUUCUUUGAUGCCAAAAUGUUCGCCAUGACAUCACAACAUACUACAGGCCUGGGUCAAAACCAAAAAGCCACAUGUAAACUUUUAACUGCCCUUGGUAUAGAGAUUGGAAUUGAAUUGAAAUAACUGUAACUAAUGCACAAAUUAGCUCUGUUAAAUCUAUCUGAAACAUUACCAGAGGUCAGCGGUUUGCUUUGAAGCAUACUGAGUUCUGGUUUUGUACGGUCGUGUUAUCUCUUUUUUUUUUUUUUUUCCCCGGCCCCUGUUUAGGGAUAUCAAAUGAUGUGCAGGGCUUUGACACCUUUGUCUUUUUUUUCUUAAUAAUGAGCAAAAGAGAAGCCAAUGUUUGCAAAGAAUUGUUUUCCCCUUGUUCUCGUGCGCUUUUAAGGACCUCAUUUAAGAUGUUUUAUGAAUGGGGUCGAAUGAAGGAAACAAGAUAAAAGAAGAGAGGAAAGCCAGGUGAGAAGAUUCAACUGAUCUGUGUUAGCCAGGAAAUGGAAAACCUUUUGCUUUGUUUUGUUUACACACAUUCUCAAUUCUGUUCAUCCUCCUCAACAUUACGUAAAAUAGAUGUCAGUACCCAACAGUUAAGUAAUAAUGCUGGUUAUAUGGUGAUGAGGUGAUACAUUAUUUAUUGGGUAUGAUAUCAACUAAUUACACUUUUAAUAAUUCAGGUGGAUGCUUUUUAUUACAUUUACUAGAAUUAUUACGACAUGACUCGCUUAUUGAACUAAAUGAGAUAUUUAAAGUGGUUCUCUUUGGAAAAACUGAUUUUGAGUGAGUGAGUUCAAGUCAGUACUGUGAACAACUCCACCGACCGCUUAAAGGUCUUAUUUGUCAGUUUAGUAUUUUCUGUUUUUUUGUGUGUGUGUGUGUGUGUGUGUGUGCAGAUUUGCACUGAAGAAUGCUGUUAUUUAUUGUUGAUGUUGAAUACAUGUUCUGAUUUUUAAGAGUGUGGAUCUGGAUCAUGUUCAUCAUAUCCCAUAACUGAAAACUCUUUCACAAGUUGUGUUUCAAAGAAAGGAAAUGAGAAUUGUUUGACUGUUGUCCCACAUGGCCACAAGAUGCAGCGUGAGGCAGUUUUAGCUUCAAACCGAUCAUGGAGAUAUAGAUCCUUGUUCCUUUUUUUCUGUCUGAUUUACCGAGCGUAUUUAUAUUUAUACUACUGUCAGUAAAAGUGGUAUUCAUAGGUACGAACUUGCUUUUUUUUUUUUUUUAUCUCUAAAAAUGUUUGCACUUUUACUUUACUACUGACAAAAAUCUCCUUUUCUUGCAAAACUCCCACAGGAAGCUCUAGAUGAAUGUAAACCUUUGUUUACCGCAUAUCCUCUGUUCAAACUAAUCAAUUUAUCACCAAGUCAGGGUGCCACAAACAAACUCAAAUAUUCAGAUUCAUAAUUUAAUUACAUUUUCUUGUUUUGUUUUUUUUUGCCAAUAAGUAAAUCUAGUAUUUCCUCAAUUUUCAGUGUUAAGUCUUUUGUUUGUGCACUUUGUUUUUUACACCUUUUGUCUCCUCUGUGCUUCGUUUGGUUGUGUAUUUCUAGACGUUAAAUAUCGACUAUGCUCUAUUUUAUAACCACUGAAUAAGCCUUUUGUGAAUUAAUAAAAUGUAU